AAGAUUUGCCGAUGAUUAUGGCUUGGCCUAUUGGCCCAAGAGAAACAGGAUCUGUAGUGUUGGUAAUCUGCUCCUGUUGAUUUAAAGAAACACAAGACAGUCCAAGGCUCAACUUCUGUGAUGGAUUCGCUGUUUCCCUUAAUUAAGAAACUUUUCGUAUUCUUGUGUGCGAUAUCGAUCAUCUCAAAUAUUCUCUUGGUCCACAGUUUUCUUCAGGUAAAGACCAAUAUUAUUGUUUGUUUGCAUCAUAUGCAAGUGAUAUUUAUGGCAUGAAAAUGGACAAUUGGCAUAUUUGAUUACGAUAUUAGAAUAUCAGGUGGGUAGAACACCAGAAAACACACGAUCCCUUGGGAUUGGGCUGUUUUGAUCCCGGGGGACUGAUUUAACAGAAUAACUGUUCUUUUUUUGGUUCGUGUUUUAUACCCACCACAUAACGAUAUGUGAAAUGAACUAAUCAGUUGCUUCUUUGUUGGCGGGUAACAUUUUGCUCGGUACAAUCAAUACCACCGUGUAAGUGGGUUUAUUUUAAUCGAACCCGAUACAGAACAAUUGAACGACCCGAGGUCACAGAUCCUAGUGAAUAAUUGAUGCCUAUCAGCCUUUUGUUCAGGGCAGUAUACUAUAACGUUACCUUUGAGCGCUGCACAUUUAUUACCAUCACCAUCACCAUCUUACUUAAUUGACUCAGCAUCAGUUUUUACAGUACACUUUCGUCACACCACGACGGGAAUUCGUGUAGGGACCGCCUAGGAGGUUGUUGCGUGGAAACUCAGCUGUACUGAGCGGGGUUGGUGCAUCAUACGUAGCUGUAAUCCUACGAAAGUGGCGGCUCCAAGCAUGCCAGUAGGUCGGAGGUUCUUCUCCGAAUGGGAAGAGAGGCAGCAGAACGAAGAGGCCUUGGCGGAGGCCAGGCGACGCCGGGAGAUGAGGGCGGUAACGACGGCCCUGGUGGUUCUCUCCAGCCUGACCAUACUUGUGGGACUUGUGACGAUAGGAUCGGGCACAGCCGCAGCCUUCCAGCCUGGCAACACCAUCGGCUCCGUUAACAGUCUGUCUGCUAUUGCCUGUGGGAUCUGUUUCUUGUUCAGUGGAGUCCUGGGCCUGGUGCAUGUGGGCUGUAACAACUCAUCAGCCUGUCUGAUUCUGUGCUUCACUGUGGGCUGCACCAUCUCCCUGAUCUUCAGCUUGGUGUACAUCCAACUCCUCAGACUGUUUGUAGAAGACUUGGAGUCGGGGGAAAUCCAACUUUUUGUUCCCACCAACUCCACCUUCCAGAAGGCGGUGACGGACCCUUUUGUGACAGUAGCUCUGGGGAAGACGUGUGUGGUUGCUGCUGGGAUUGGUUGUGCCACCACCAUUGUCCUAACCUUCCUGGCCUGUAGGGUUGCUUCUGAGGAGAAGAGGCGACUGUUCAUGUUGAGGGAGGGGAUCGACAUGACAGAACAGCCAGAUGAUGCAGAGGUUAGAACAACUGCCAUAUGAGACCAACAGUGAGGCAUCACACUAACAUCUUCAGUUUCAAGUGAAAUAUUUUGUGCCUGGACAGAGUUGAUUCAUAUCAUCAGUAUUGCACAAAAUGUAUCUGCAAUAAUGGACUCCAUGACUGUUCAGCUAUUGAACAUUGUAUUCUGUGGAAAACUAUGCAUGAAGUAUGGUUGUAAUUACUAGGGCUACUACAUGUAUAUAUGGUACUUACUCUAUUUUCAUGUACAUCUUAGAUAGCCUCAAGAUGCAUGAUGUAAUCAGGUGAUAUUACCUUGUAAAUACAAUAUAACCCUUGUAAAUAUAGGAAACAUUUGUAAGUCAGAUGUGAACUGAAGCACUUGUUAUAAGAGACUUCACACAAAAUAAUAUAGACAUAUUCACAUGAUUAUAUUUUAGAAUACUGGUAGUUGUCUUGUUUCAGCUGUAAAAUGUCGCACAACCCAAAUGAAAGUUUUUUUCACUAGCUAACAUCAAUAUGGCAAGGGUACAUGGCUGUUACUGCAAAGUUAGUUAUUUCAGUCUACAGUAGUAGGGUAUGGUGUUUUUAUUACAUGUAAAUGCAUGAGAGGUACAUGUAACUGCAAAUACCACAGCAAUUAAAGUAUCAUGAGUAUUUAUGGUA